GGCGCAAAACAUUGUUGACAAAAAUCACUGAGGACUCCUAUUAGGACGAAUCGUCACGACAAUAACGCGCCUCUUACACAUCCACUUGCUUCUGCAACUUAUCGACAACCAUGUCUGACAACGGCGAGAUCGAAGUCGAGAACCCUUCGGGGUUCCAGAUCCUUCCCAAGGAGGUCACCGAGGAGAUUGGCAGCAUCAAGCUGUUCAACAAAUGGAGCUACGAGGAUGUCGAGAUCCGUGAUAUCUCUUUGACUGAUUAUAUCCAAAUCCGAUCCCCCGUCUACAUCACCCACUCUGCCGGCCGCUAUGCCGUCAAGCGAUUCCGCAAGGCCCAAUGCCCCAUCAUCGAGCGCCUCACCAACUCCCUGAUGAUGAACGGCCGCAACAACGGUAAAAAGCUGAUGGCCGUCCGCAUCGUCGCCCACGCAUUCGAGAUCGUUCACGUCAUGACCGACCAGAACCCCAUCCAGGUCGCCGUCGACGCCAUCGUCAACUGCGGUCCCCGCGAAGACUCCACCCGCAUCGGCUCCGCCGGUACCGUCCGUCGUCAAGCCGUCGACGUGUCCCCGCUGCGCCGCGUCAACCAGGCCAUCGCCCUCCUCACCAUCGGAGCCCGCGAGGCCGCCUUCCGCAACGUCAAGUCCAUCGCCGAGUGCCUGGCCGAGGAGCUGAUCAACGCGGCCAAGGGAAGCAGCAACUCGUACGCGAUCAAGAAGAAGGAUGAGUUGGAGCGUGUGGCCAAGAGCAAUCGUUAAAGCGGUCGUUAGGUGGUGUUGGGAAAAUUCGGAGGGGAGAGUGGCUGGAUUACAUGGGACUGUUUUCUUUGCAUUGCAUGAAAUCGGCGAGCAGAGGAUGGCUUUCCUCGGUAUAAAAGUCAAGCUUCCUACGUAGAAGAAUAUAUGAUAUCAAGUACAUUGUACUCCUGCUGUUGUGAAUUCAUUGGUUUCUACAGGAUGGUGGACUUCGCUUAGGGGGCAUGUCCAGUAGCAUAUUCGGAAUUGGUCGGAGUGGAGAAGAGCAGAGUUGAGGAGCAAUAUUAAUUGACCUAUGUACUACAUGUAUGGAGAUUUGUCAAAGGCAGGGACCACCGCGCUCUUCCGUGCGCCGCCAAAGCUAAGUGAAGAAUGAUACACUCCUUC